AUGCGUGCUGUGACAUUGAAGGCCUUUGGUGGUGUCGACAUGCUGCAGCUGUCAGAGAUCCCUGCGGUCUCCGUGUCGCGUCCAAGGGAUGUGCUUAUCAGGGUGAUGGCGGCUGGAGUUAACCGGGCCGAUACAGCGCAGCGCCAGGGACAAUACCCACCUCCAGCGGGCAGCAGCGAGAUAUUGGGUCUGGAGGUUGCCGGUCUGGUGGAGAAUGUCGGCGCGGAGGUCAAGCGGUUCAAAGAGGGUGAUCGCGUCAUGGCGCUACUCACCGGGGGAGGCUACGCGGAUUUGGCGGUUGCCCACGAGGGCAGCGUCAUGAAAGUUCCGGAUGGAUACUCUUUCGCUGAGGCUGCAUCGAUUCCAGAGGCGUUCAUCACCGCCUGGCAGGCACUGAAGUUACACGGCAACCUGCAGGAGGGGCAGAACGUGUUGGUGCACGCUGCGUCCGGCGGAGUUGGUACGGCGCUCAUGCAGUUGACGGAGAAGUACUUCCGCGCCACCGCCAUCGCCACCAGCUCGGCCUCCAAGGUUAAUUUCUGCAAGAAGUUUGCAAAGUUCGCGGUUGACAGAACACCCGAUGAGUCGGGAAAAUGUUUUGCACCCAAAGUUCGACAUGCGCUGGGGAAUAAGGCCGUCAACUUAAUCGUUGACCCCGUCGUGGGCGGCACGUACAUCGAGGAAGACGGCGAGGUUCUGGCGAAAGACGGAAAGGUUGUCCUGCUGGCUUACAUGGGCGGUCGACAUAUCUCAUUUGACAUCCUGCCGUUCUUUGCGAAACGCGCCACCCUUAUUUGUUCGAAGCUGCGGGACCAGACAGAUGCGUACAAGGAAGCCCUUGUGAAAAGCUUUGAGGCGGAGGCGCUCCCGUACCUGGCAAGGCGGGAUAUUGUCCCCUUGUUGCAGGCCACAUACCCCAUCAAGGAUGUGUCCACGGCGCACACGUUGAUUGAUAACAAUAGUUCCCAAGGCAAGCUUGUUCUGACACUGGGGGAUUAG